AUGGCCGAACAGCAACGUCCCUCGUCCCUCUCACAACAGCUGGCCUCCAACGACAGUGGCAUUAGCAGCACUAACACCGGAUUGAUGGACCUCCGUCAUCGUGGGCCUGUGCGUUCCUCCUCAAUGUCGACAGAGGAUGUUCCGCGUGUGCAGAAACAGCGGCGUGACUCGACACGAUCGGUGACCCCGUCCGAGACACGCAACUCCAGCCGGCCCUCCACAAACUUGUUUCUCUCCAGAGCGUCCAUUCGAGGCGCUGAUGACGGCAGCAUUGUCGAUUUCGCAAGUGACGAGUCUCGCUGGAAUUCUGUGCCGCUUGUCCUGGCUCUCCUGCCGGCCCUGGCGGAGUUCUUCUUCCGCGAUGGGAGUGCCUUCAUUACCGACAUCACCUUGCUUAUCCUGGCCGCUACGUUCUUGAACUGGUCAGUGAGAUUGCCAUGGAACUGGUAUCGCUCCGCACAGGCAAUCAGACACCAGCAGAGUAGCAAAUACUACGAGACUAUCGAUGGCGCUCAAUCCCGCGAAGAAAGCGAAGAAAACACUGAUGAGCACGCUUCUGAGGACUCAAACACACAUGUACCUUCAGAGCCCAAAGACCAGCAGCAGGAGAAAUCCUCUGCGGCCAGUGCAGCCAGUUUGGAGCUCCAUAUCCAUGAACUAGUCGCUCUGGCAUCAUGUUUCAUCUUCCCAGUGGCCGGGACCUGGCUCCUUCAUACUAUCAGAUCAACUUUAUCCCGGCCCUCAGAGGGCCUGGUGUCCAAUUACAACCUGACCAUCUUCCUGUUGGCUUCUGAGGUCCGACCCUGCUCCCACCUCCUGCGGAUGAUCCAGUCGCGGACUCUCUUCUUACAGCGUGUCGUCGCAUCGUCCUCACCCUCGUACGAAGAAGAUGGGAUCAACUCGACCAAAAUCAGGGAUCUAACCAAGAGACUCGAGGAGCUCGAGGCUUACAUCGCCAAAACGGCGCCGACACGACUGUCAUUAUUAUCAGACUCCGCGAGUCAGAAUCAGUGUCAGCGACCAUCGUCAUCAUCAUCACAACAAGACCAGCACGAUUUUCUCCCUGCUCUCACUUCCCAAGUGACCGCUGAGAUCCGAAAGGCCCUUCAGCCCGAGAUCGAUGCGUUAAACCGCGCAGUCAGGCGCUAUGAGAAGCGCACAGCUAUCACAAAUUACCAAAUAGAGACUCGCUUUCAGAACCUGGAGUCCCAGAUUCGUGAUGCUGUUGCAGUCACACCACUGCCCAUUUCAGAACGUCCCGAUAUAUCCCAUCGUAAUGAUCUCCUUUUUAAGCUUUUCGCCUGGGCUUAUGCGGUCUUUACGUUUCCUGUUCGCACUGCCAUGUCUUUGGCCUAUCUCCCAGUACGUGUUGCGUUGUCGGUUCUUCGAUCUUUCAAAGUUAUCCUGCUCUCCGAUCAGAGGAAUUCCCAUAACAUAGCCAGGGUCGAAUUAUCACCGGAUCGGAAGUCCUGGGUGGUGAGACGGCCACAGAAAGGCAAGGAGAAGAAACUGAUAUAA